AUGGCUUCACCACCUUCAGCCCAAGAUACUGUCAUGCAUGCAGAAGUAUUACCCGGACUUGUGAAGAGAGGGGGUCGUGAAUACCAAGGCUACGUUCUCAGAACACUCGAACAUGAACCAAUUACAGUGACUCUAGCAGCUAUCGACUUCUUCUCUCGCCACACUUCCGACAUGCUUCCCGCGCAACGCUCCGCCCAAGGUUCUCUACUGCGAGCGAUGGAGAACUGGCCAAGAGCUUCCCAGACUGAGCUUGGAUUACCGAGCCCCAAGUACAUGAAGCGAAUCAUUCGGGACAUUGGCUGUUUGUUCUUCUUCGACACAUUACACGACGUCAGAUUCUCCUGGGGAAAUGGAACAGGUGAUUAUGGGUACUACACCCCAAGCGAAUUCUAUCAACACCAUGAAGGACGCCGCAAUGAUGCCUCUAUUACCGUGAAUGCCGAGUAUCACAAUCCCGAAAAGCUCAUGGUUGAACUCUUUGGUACGCUUCUCCACGAGUGCUGCCACGCCUUUCAAUCAAAACAUUUCUGUCGAGACUCGUGUGCGGAUAUGCAGUGCAUAGCCGGUCUAUAUCGCGUCAAGGGGUCCGCUGGGGAUAACGACUAUACAGGCCACGGAAGCUCCUAUUUUAUCCUCGCUUCCCACGUUCAGGCUAGAGCACGAGAGCUUCUCCAGCCCGAUAUUGACCUUGGGUCUCCGAAGGUUGAGCUGACUUCUGAUUUCGAGAGUUUCGGGACCUUUCCUAGCGAAUCGCACCGGCUGCUCUGUCAUUCCUCUUGGCGUGAUAAGAUAUUGGAGUUCUGUCACGAGAUUACUUUGAGGAACAGCGUUGAGCUUGAAUAG